CAUAACGACAUGACGGACUGUUAUGUUUUCAGUAGCAACCGUUACUCUGGACUGAAUAAAGUCAUCGUAAAAGACUGAAAUAUGUCCACUCUGCUCGAUGAGACAUCAGCUGAUGUCCCGGUUAGAGACAUCACAGUCAACCUGUCCCGACUUGCAGCUGGUUCUCAAGACUCGUCGCUGCAUCAAAAUGCUCGGGCACGACAGGACAUCUCACGGGUGUCCAGGGAGGAGCUGGAGGAUCGGUUCCUGCGCCUCCAUGAGGAGACCCUGGUCCUCAAACAGCACAUUCACAAACAGGAUGACAAGAUCAAGAAGUGA